AUGGAUCUUAAAGGGCUGGUCUGCCAUGCCUGCUUCUUACGAGAUAAGCGAGACCAAAGCCCUUUUUUAAUGUCUGCCGAGAACAACAUGGACCCGGGAGAGCUUCCAGCCUACCUACCAGAGCUCACACAGGUCGAGGAGAUGAUCAUCGCCCGGUCUCACGUGCAGAUGAUGGUCCAUCGCUACCGUGGCCAUCAAUACCACUACACGGGGCAUUGCGUGAGUUUCAUGCAGAACACGGUCAAGACGGUUGACGUGCUACCUAACCUACCAUCGGAACUAGACGUUGUGGUUUUACGGCCCUCGGAUAGAGUGAUGCAGGACGAUCCACGAUAUCAACGCCAGUUCCGGUCGGAUUUCCGUGUCCGGAAAGGGCGUGUGAUUACUUGGUUACGGUUCUUAAAAGAGCAUCACCCUGAUUAUCGAUAUAUCACGAUAUCCCAGGACAGAAUCCACGCUCUCCCGGUCGACGACGAUGUGUCCUCCUCCUUCACAUCUAUCCUCGACCGUGAUCCAGCUGAGGAGGGCCAGGGUCAACCCGUGUCGGACGAGCUUCCGCCUCCAAACUCUCAAUCCAUGGUCCCGAAUCUAAAUAUCACCACAACAGAGAUGGAUAGGAUUAUGCAAGACAUCACCGGCCGAAAGCCCCCGCCUCCCUGUCUCCCGGCGCCAUCGAUUCGCAAGACUCCGAUCGAUGAAGCGUCUGGAAAGGACCGUAUCUUUGCAAUGGCCUUCCCUACAUUGUAUCCAACUGGCCGUGCCGAUUUCAACACCCCUCGACUACGCAAGGUAGACCUCAACGACUACGCCCGGCAUCUGAUGUGUUUCCACGACGGGAGGUUUGGCCAGCACCCACGCUGGCGGUUUUUAGUCUUCAACAUCCUGAUGCGUCGGAAGGCCAACAGCUCUGCUCGCUUUUAUGUCUCGAAAGCGUCCGGUCUAAAGGACUUGAGUCGUGACGAGCUUGCGGAGGCCCUAAUAGCGGACGAGGGCCUCCUACCGUACAUUGUACGUCAGGGUUCGCAUCUGACCGGCACGCGGCCAUUCUGGAACAAUAAGAGCAAUACCUUGCAGGCUCUGGCCCGCUUUCUCUCGCCCAGUAUGUCGCCAGUUUUUGUAACCCUUAGUGCGGCUGAUAUGCAAUGGCAGGACUUGCACCGGCAUUUCCCUGGCUUUGCGAACCUGGCAACGGCUGAUGACCGCACGCGGCGGACUUUUGUUUGGGAUGGGGUUCAGAAGAACCCGCACGUCGUCGCUCACUACUUGGCGAUUCGUUUACGGACCUUUACGGAGCACGUUCUACGCCCGCUGCUUGGCUUCACGGACUCCUGGGACCGGUUUGAGUGGCAGGCGCGGGGUUCUGGCCACUCCCACGCCCUCUUUUGGAUCCCGACUGCCCCGCCUCUCGAUCAGGAGACGGAGGAAGCCCGCCUUAAAUUCGCCAAGUACUGGGGCUUAGUGAUCACGGCCUGGAAUCCAGACCAGCUGCGGUUACCUGACGCCCGGAAUCCCGCUUCUCUCGCCGCGGCAGACGUCACCAAUACCGCUGAUCAGUUUGCGGCUUUCCUCAACCGCCUCCAGAUGCACUCGGCCUGUCGGGCACCUUACUGUCUACGGGCAAAGAAGGGUGGAGAUCAACCCACCUGCCGCUUCUUCUUCCCUCGACCACUGUUUACGGAUCCAGUCGUGACAAAGGAGAUCAAUCACAAGUCGUGGCUGUUCUCGCCGGCCCGGAACCAAGGGACCUUGAACCAGUGUGCACCGGCAAUUACGAUGGGCUGGAUGGCCAAUACCGAUAUCCAGCCGCCCACGACCUUACGUGCGGUGUUGUCGUAUAUAGGCAAGUACGUGUCGAAGCCUGAGAAGUCUUCUACAUCUUAUACUGAAUUACAAGAUCAAGUCCUUCCAUAUGUUAAUGACCGGGCGCCUCUGCUAUCAUUUGUGUCCAAGAUGCUUAAUAAACUAAUUGGAGAGCGUGACUGGUCGGCACAAGAGGUAUCGCACAUUCUCUUACAGCUCCCGGUUCAGAACUCCUCGCGGAUGGUCGUGGGCCUCGAUUGUCACCCAGAAGAACUUCAACGAGAUCUGAUUGUCCUAGAGUCAGGAGAGGUUGCGGCCCAACGCUCUCCGCUGCGGAGGUAUCAAACCCGGCUAAUAGACACGAAUAAUGGAAAUGCCGCGCUCCCAGACCUGUCGCUCUUCGACUGUUUACGGCACUGGGAUUGGCUAACCUGGAGGAAUCGACCGCGAGCCCGUCCGCGAGUGAUCAACUAUUACCCACGUUACCCAAACGAUCCCGAGUCUCCUACCUAUGCGGACUACUGCCGAGUGAGGCUAAUGCUCCAUCACCCGUUUGUGGAUUACACAGACCUGUUGACGGUUGAUGGUCAGGUUUACGGGUCCUAUAUCCAGGCUUUUCAGGCCUGUCGGCGCUCGCAUACUCAUCCGCAGGACUUUUAUACCGACCCGGAACCGGACCCGGAGGCAUCGGACAGUGAGAGUGAUGAGGACCCGGAAGAGCAGGCAGAGGGCGACCACCCUCUAGCGGACUUUGAAGCUUUUGCUCGCCGGAGGCCGCAGGAAGACUUCACCCGUAUCGACCUGUUAGAUAGCCUAGGCGUCCGCGAAAUGGACCGCGACUACGAUUGGUCCUUGCACGUUGGCCGGUACGAUAUAUCCCCUGACAUCUGGGACCAGGUCAAGGCCGAGAAUCCGAUAGCGCAAGCAGUUUUGAUGGACUCCUCACCAGAUCCUUUAAAUCCAGAACAGAGGAAGUUGUACGACGCCGUGGUGAGUCAAUAUUCUGAAGAGCUUACUUUGGAUGCCCCGCUCCCCCGUCAGCUCCUCUUAAAUGUGGACGGUGUUGCCGGGUCCGGGAAGACCUUUACGCUUCUGAAAAUUUGUGCACGGAUUCAGGAGCUUGCUGUCGAGGCCGGAAAGCAGAACCCGGUCUUUCGAGCGGCUCCUACGGGUAUUGCGGCAUUCAAUAUCGUUGGUAAGACCCUUCACAGUCUCUUGCGGCUCCCGGUUAAGGGGAAGAAGUCGGAUUUGUCAGCUGCUACCUUACAGUCCUUGCAGGCCCUGUUUCAAGACUGCCGGUUCCUGAUCAUUGACGAGAAGUCGAUGAUUGAUAUUCAGACACUGUCUUUGAUCGACGAUAGGUUGCGGGCCAUUCUACCUGCCAGUUCGCACCUGCCCUUUAGCGGUGUAAAUGUGCUAUUGUGUGGGGACUUCUUCCAGCUACCACCGGUCGGAGGGCAACCUCUCUACUCAUUAAAGCAUUCCCACGUCCACGCGAUCAAAGGCCACCAACUUUAUCGAGCUUUCGAUCGUACAAUUCGUCUAAUCCAGGUGAUGCGGCAGCAAGGGGAGGACGAUAUGUCGACUAGGUUCCGGCUUGCUUUAAGCGAGUUACGGGUAUCCGAGUUGUCUAGAGAGAGCUGGCAACUCUUAUGCUCACGCACAGCGAACCAGCUCUCCCCCACAGAGGUUAUGGCUUUUGAUUCUGCCCUACGCCUCUAUUUUACAACCGAGGAGGUUAGACUAACUAACGCUGACAAGUUGGCAGGUACGAACAGGCCCGUGAAGAAGAUUGCAGCCCGUCACAGAGGCCGGAAUGCUGCUAAGGCGACCGAGGAUGAGGCAGACAACCUGAGCCCUGAGAUCUCUCUCUGUAUUGGCGCUCGGGUUAUGCUGACGACGAAUUUAUGGACUGAGGUAGGUCUCGUCAAUGGAUCGAUGGGUUCUGUCCAUGAUAUUGCCUGGGAUGCUGGGCAAGACCCAUCCCUAUCCAUGCCUUCUGUGUUACUUAUCAAGUUUGAUGACUAUGCUGGGCCUGAGUUUCCAUCCUGCCCUCGAGGUGUUGUGCCUGUUUUCCCUGUGACCCGUCAGUUUGACUUCAAAGAUGCUGUCUGCUCUCGGACCCAGUUUCCUUUACGGUUGGCAUAUGCAAUCACGGUCCAUAAAAGUCAGGGAUUGACACUUCAGAAGGCGGUUUUAAAUCUGAACUGUCGAGAGCAUUGUUUGGAUCUUUCUUAUGUAGCGGUGUCACGGGUUAAACGAUUAGAUGGUGUAUUAUUUGAGGGACCUUUCGAUUUUGAAGUAUUUAAGCCCGUAGAUUCGGUACUUUCCCGGGACCGAGAGUUAGACUAUAUCUUUAGGAAUGGACAAUUAAUAUGA